AUGACCACCCUUCCUGGUCGGUCGUUGUUUACGCGUUGGGGGAUCCCCAUCUCGCUUCUCAGUUCUCACUCCACUGCUGCCCUCGUCUCGCGGUGCACGCGUCGCCGGCGCCUGAGCUUCUCCUCGCCGGGCCAGGUGCUGGGUUCCUCCGCGGCAGAUCCAUUCUGUGCUAGCCAGAUACGUGUCCAGAUCGACGGCGCCGAGGAAAUAAAUAACCCACUGUUCACCUGGCACGCCGACCGUCUCGCGGCGCCGGCGCCAGAGCUCCCACCUCCCACCUCCCUUCUCCUCGCCUGGAUCCACAACCGAGUUCAAGCCGCGGCCGGAUCCAUCCCGCGAGGUUGCGAGGAGGCUAUGCGGAAGAUCAUCCGGAGGUACGAGGAUCAUGCUCGACGGGUGCCAUGGAACGUGCGGUUGGUGCAAGGUGGGGCAUGGCGGCGAUCGCGGAGGCGGUCGGUGGUGUCAGACACUUCGGGCAGGAGGCCUGGACCGCUCGAUGGGCUGCAGUCGGUAAUGAUCGGCUAGACGUGACGAUCGAACCGGCGUAGUGGCUGUUGAAGACGUUGCGGAGGCGACGGUAUCGGCUCGAGAUCAGACGUUGCGUAGGCGAUGGUAUGAAUCCCUCCUCCCCUUCCCUUAUACUUCUCCUUCUCUCUCUCUCUCUCUGCACUAAAUAUAUUGUAAACGCAAGUCCAUUGUAUAAGUAACGUGUCGACGCUUUUCAAGAUUUGUCAUCAAGCAAUAAUUUUCAGCAACAUGUAGAUUGUGUAACACAAAAUUGGUACUUGUGCCAUAUUUGAAAGUUUUAUUGUUCUAUUAUUGUGUAUCUUUUUUCAAGCGUGUUGUUGUAACUAUGAAGAAACUAUUGUAAGCUUGUCAUCCAGCGUGUUCCUCUUCGAGGUGCCACCGACGCUGUUUACAAAAUGUGUGAGUACUUGCAGCUCUGGCGGCCGCUUAGCCACCUCCAGGACCAGGACGCCAUCAGCAUCAUCAUCGCCGACCUUCGCUAGAUGGCUCUCCGCUUGGCGCCGCCGCUUCCUCCUCCACCACCAGAGCCGGAUUAGCUUCUUAGCUGAUGUUACGGGUUAUCCGCCUUUGUUUUCGUUUUCAGGACUUGUUGAGUUGUGCCCUCAGCAGAACCCUUUUGUACUCUUAGUGGUGUGACUUUGUAUGUGUGUGUGUGUCUGGGUGGACAUUUGCGAUACCUUGUGGCUGUGGUGGUUUUCUUUAUUUAUAAA